AUGGCUCCCGAAGGGACGGUGCUCCGAACUCUGCGACCUCGACCACCACCACCACCACUACGACAGACAAUCCCAUCCAUUGGCUCUGGAUCGCCAGAAUCCUCGAAAGACAGCGCCGAGAUCGCCACAGAUGAUGACGCCAGGGCGAGUUUGGACGCCGCAAAGGAGCCCAAUCCGAAUUUACCAUACCACAGAUUUUUCGCUGAGGUGACCGACACAAACCCCAGGCCCGGUCGUAAGACGUCCAAGCUUGUCAACGAACAGCUGGCAGCCAUAACAACACCUGACCGCACUCUCGUUGCCGAGAAGACCAUCGCAAACCUUCCUUUGAUAAAAAGGGCUACUCGCGCUGUUGCCGACAGCAGGCCCGAGAGUGCGGUCCCGACCCAGAACUUGGGAAAGGCCCGCCGCUACGAGGAGACCCUAGAUACCGCCUGGGGUGGCAGAGCCUGGCUGCCGCCGCCAUUGUUCAGCCGCAUCCGCUCUGGAAAAGUUGGCCGGGCUGAGACCAAGCUGUCAAUCAAUUCACUCAGUUACAUGGCCACUCUGGUCCGUCUGUGCCGCGAAGCCGACAUCGAUGUGCGCACGUGGUACGACGAGGGCGGACUCCUCCGCGAGGCCGCCGUGCUCUGUCAUGGCCAGCCAAUUCGGUGGACGAAAGCAGUCCCAAAACGCGCCGUACAACUUCUCCGCGAGCGGGGUGGGGCGACCUCUUCCGCUUCUCAAGAUCAAAACCGCGAGUCUACGGCCAACGACGAGGUCGCUCGGCAUGCAGCAGCAGCAGCAGCAGACCACAGCAGCGACGACGAGAGUCUUGGAAGCACAAGCAUGAAUUUAGCGACAACUCCGUUGCGCCAAGUCUACUGUUCUCCUUUGUACGGGCCGAACCAGGUUUCCGUGAUUCAUCACGAGUAUAUCCGCGCAUCCACCGUCAGCCCCAUGCAAGAUCGCGACUACGACGACGAUUUCAGCAACUUUGACACCGACGACGAUGAGCCCCUCUUCACCAACAUCGGAAACGACGGGGACGGCGUAGAAUCCGUCAUGGAAGUCGCUGAUGCUGUCCAAGACGACGAUGCCGAGUCAGCGGCAGAAGCCAACCACGUUGUCGGCGACUCCCCCGUCGGAAAUCCAUCGGAGGAAGCUUACAUCCCGAUACUGGAAAAUCUGCCCAUCGCAUUCAAGGCUCUCCCAAAAGCAGUCAAUCAACUGAGUCAUAGGGAUCGGUUGACUGACGACAGCAUACAAGUGCUCCAACUCGUCCUACUAAACUCGAUGGUCCCGGAACCGAGAAUCCUCGUCGUUGACCCUCUCUACUUGCAACCCGCAGGUAGACUUCCCGCACGUCUACCGUCGACUCUCCAGAGCAGACGCAAAGACCGAAUCGUGACUGUGGUUCACCAAAGACGCUUGCAGCACUGGACUCUCCUCGACAUUUGCUUCGCCGACCGUUACGUCCGCAGCUACGAUUCCAUCUCAUCGUCGGGCGCCUCGCCGGAUGUCAAAGAGGCGGUUGUUCCCUGGCUGUCGCUACACGUCCCAGGACCUGACUUUUCCUUUUCAACACCAAGAUGCCCUCAACAGGAUGACGAUACCAGCUGCGGCGCUUUUGCUCUGCUGGGGAUGCAACACCUCCUUGCGGGCAACCUCACCUUGGCGGAUCUCGAUGUCAAAAGUGGAAAGCACGCUCGCGAGAUCCUUCUCCGGACAGCUUUAGCAAAGCCGCCGAUUCACUCUAAAGUCCCUCAUUGGCGUGUACAAGUCAGCACCGGUCUCUCGCCUUCGCAGACACAAUCGCCCGCCACAGUGCCUCGCCCUCCACAACGUGACUCCGACACGCUUGCAAAUCCGAAUCAAUGCCUGAAGUCGGUGCCGACUGAAUAUUUGGGCCGGAGAUUAGAUGCUGAAUCUGGGGCGGCGACGACACCGACUCUGAAGAUCAGUCUUCGACGCAGGCGAUCCCAACACAGCGGCAGCGGAGACGAGGAAAGCAGUCCCCUCAGGAAACGCUGCAGAAGCAAAGGAAACGAGUAUCCGCCCAACUUAGCUACUUUCGUCCGCACUGCACCCGCUCUUGACCGACGCGCAAAAUUGGACGCUCUCAUGAAAGAAAUAGCAGCUUUGGAAGAACCCUCGCCGUCGGAGCAAGAGAGCGAGAAGGACAUCCAUAGGUGUAGAGUUGACUUGGAAGCAGCGAGGGCACGGUCGGUGGGAGCUGCAGAGGCUCUCGGGGCCCUGACCAAGGCACUAAGCAAUGAACGCACGUCGCAGGCGGAGUCCGAGUCAAGCUACGAACAGAUGGCGAAGUGGGCGGAAAAUGUCCUACAGGCCUCCUCUCAGAUAACGCAGCGAGGUGCCGAGCACAGCAACACCACUUCAUGCCAAGACGCGUUCCAAAAGACCAAAGAAGCACACCAGCUCUUCGUCGAAAAUUCCAUAUGCCGCGCAAAGAUGGAGGUUGAUGCAGCGAAUAAAAAGGUCCAAGAGGCUGAGGAUGCUGUCGCUGAGCAGCGUCAGGUGGUCGUCAGGGCGGAGCAAGGUGUUAUCGACGCGGAGACGCUACUUGGCAACGCCGAGUUGUCGCUCAGGAACUAUCAAGACUACAAGAAACUUCGAGGCGCGCUUGCAGCAUGA